UUGGGGGCGAAUGUUGACGUAGAGCAGCAGCAGACGCAGCAGACCAAUCUCCUCACCGAAAAACGGGGCUGCAGCAGAUACCUCCGCUAGACGGACCUCGGCGGUGUUUUCGAUGUGUACAUGUGGCCGUCACAGACCGUAUAAAGUAAAGCAGCAGCAGCAGCAGCAGCAGCAGCAAGGUCUUCCUUCCAGUGCAGGAAUUGGCCAAAAAGUCCUUCAACCUCAGAUGUAGCAGCAGUAAAGGCAGCUACGCCAACGGACUUCAUCGUCGAGCAUCGACGCGCACCAGAGACUACACACCCAACUAACCCAGCCAACCUUCCACUCAUCCCUGCUCCUGUUCCGUAGUUGGUCGGAAACGUUGUGCGGAGCUCCGAUGAUGGAACACGGUUUGGCGAAAUCCAUCGAAAAGCACGUAAAUGAUCUCUCGGGGCAAAGGCUGCUGAAGUAGCUUUGCUUCUCUUUUCCGCGCGUCCGUCGUGAUCCGUGUGCCGUGGUGGUGAUCCAGCAAGAAUCCAGGCGAGCUUUUCUGUGGUUCAGUACCGGCGCAGAUGCAGAAGCUUUUACCGAGCUAGUGAAAACCGUGAGCUAGCGUGAGCUCCAAGAAGCAUAAAACCACCGAUGGCUUCCAGUUACUUAGCGUGGUAGUGAGUUGAUUGUCGUUGUGAGCAAUACGUUGUGGCCAAGUGCACUAAGGCGGCGGUACCAAGAUCCAAGACCCCCCUCCCGAAACAGUGCGCCUGUGUGUUUGCGUGCGUGCGUGCGUGUCUGUGUGUCUCCGUGUGGGUGUGUUUGUGUAUGUGCGUGUUUUAGGUAAAAGCUAAAGUAAGCUUAAAGUAGAGCGUGCGUACCCCCGGGAGUACCGCGCCGUCAUCGUCGUCGAGAAGGAUUUUUCCAGCAGAAACCAGCCAGCAACACGACACCGACCUCACCCCAGGCACCGAUUCAAUCACCAUCACGACGACGAUGUCGGCCACGAUGCGAACGACGCUCCAAACGGUGCCGGAAACGCUGCCGGCCGACCACAUCACCAACAGUGGCACCCCGGUCCAGUGUGCGGCCCAGAUGGAACCGAAAUCCCAUUCGCACAGCAACUCGGCCGGCAGCAAAUCGAUCCGUUCGUCCACCAGCCGGUUGUGAAUAGGGAUUGUCUACAGUGUUGCGUGCAGCCGCGGAAUCGAGGUUCCCUUGUUGUUCACUGGCAGCCGCAGUUCUUCUUUCGCAGCAGACACAGUGUUGUCCCCUUGCCAGUGGCCGAAUGUGUGACACAUCAG